AUGUCCGGAAAAAAAGUGGCCACGCAUUCAAAAGCUAAAAAUGAAUCAACACCAGGAAAACGAACGCCGGCGAAAAGACCCAUUGAUAAAGAAGACCAGAAUUCUACUCCAAAACGGCGACGAUGCCUGUCCAUCAAGCGCAACAUACAUCCCGAAAGCUCCGAGGAUCCCAAUAAAACCGCACCACUUGAUGAAUUAGUUCCGGAUAGAGAGAAGAUCCCUCUUCCGGUAACCCUCAACGUUAUUGAGACCGUCGAUCUCAGAAUUCAACACCUUACUCCAUUGUGUGCCCCCAUCUGCCCUGCCAAUGUGCCACUGGAUACGAUUGUCAAGGAUUUUCUGGUCCACAAAAAAUUCAUCAGUCCUAACCAAAAGGCCACACCACAAAAGAUCACUCAUCAUGCUUGGGGAAUAUCCGAGAUGGUUCGGAUCUUCAACGAGAAUAUCAGAUCACACGUCUUGACCACUUCGGAAAUCAAGGAAUUUGAUAAAAAACGUGCCAAUGCUUCAAAGAGGUAUGGAGUGAUUCAUUUGCUGCGGAUGAUUAGCAAGCUCCACGAAAUCAACAUUCGGCUGUCUAUUUAUGAGGACAUCAAAGGAGAAUUGCCAGAGUUUCUGAAAUUCAUCAAUGACAACUACAAAAAGUACUGGAACAGGGAAGCCGAAUACUCCAUCGACAAGCACAGUUUUGAAGUGAGAACUGGAAUCCUGUUGCUGAAGAGAGACAUUUGA